AUGCCUAUCACCGGCGUCUACUUCAUCCCGUCUAUGCCAAAUGCCACAACGGCCCUACCAGCAGUAACAGAGCGUCUCCGCGCAGCCUUCACAGACGAAGAACUAACCCCAAUCGGCCGCUGGGGCCUAGAACAAAAACUAUUCCGCGACACCCCUGGCCUAGUCCCAGCAUCAGCAAACUCAAACAAGAAGGCCUCGAACCCGCGGUACAUGCAAUUCCUCUCACUAACUCAUUACCCAACCCACGGCUUCAUCUAUACCUCUGAACCAGCAGAUCUGCAACAAACUGUAGCGGCCAAUCUCAAUUCAAAUGGAAACCCCACGCCCGCUCCAGCACAGAGUCCAGCAGCAACCACUCCAACCCAGAACCAAAACCAACAUCAAAAUGCAAAUGGAAUUCAACAUGGAAUCACAACAACACCCGACCACCCCAAAAUGAUCAUGACAACUAUCCCCCCAGCCUCCUACACAUCUCUCUUCCAACACUUCACCUACGCCUGCCAACCCUUCUGGUGCCACCGCCUAACAGUCACAGUCCCGAACGGGAUAGUCUACGAUAUCGGCGAUUUCCGCGUGCGACUCGGCGACGUGCGGCAGACGGUUCCGACAGCGCGGGUGCGUGGCACCGUUGUUGAGAUUGAGUGGCGGGGCCCGUCUGUUGUUGAGGCUUUGCCUGGGUUUGAUCAGGGUCAGCAAGAGAAUCACAGCGGCGGCAUUGGGGCUAGUCCUAGCUCUGGUGGGGACGAUUCAGGUGUUGAGUUUUCCUUUUCGGAUAUUGAAGAGUCUGAUGUUGAGGCGGAGUAUUUGGCUACUGCGCAGCUUAUUCGGGAGUUUUGGGGGAGACUUGGGCUUGAGGCUAAGGAGGCUGUUCUUGUUCCUGGGAUUGGGAAGGAGGUUUUGGAGAGGUUGAGGCGGGUUAAGGGGGGUGAGUCUUUGCAGAAAGAUGGUGAGAGGCGGGUUGGGGAUGUUGUUGGUUCUGAGCGGUUUGAGGAGGAUUUGGAUCCUUCUGCAGGGACGGAUGUUGCUAGACAGUUUAUGGAGGUUUUGCGGUUUAAUCGGUAG